AUGCUCAAGGUAACGGGAGUGGAGGGCCUCGUCAAGGUCCAUUUGGCCUCGUAUGUUUGCCGUUGUGAGCGCAGUCCGGUCGGAGCUCACAUCGAUCGAUCCAGGCGGUUGCGCGGGGUGAGCGCGCUUCGGGAAACGCUCACAGCGACGCCGGCGACGUUUUUCCCACGCACAUACACAACAACUUUCUCUCGGCUCUCUUCUGGACCGCACGCUCUCUCGCUUUGGUCGACUUCAUUUCGAAGUCCCUGGUUAGGUCUCCUGACAACUCACUUAAGAGAUCACUUGCGAGUUUCUAUUCUUGUCGAGUUCAAUUAUACUUUGAAGAUGCUUAUUAGGUCUCGAGACACUUCCCUUGAGUGGUCACUUGAAGAUUUCUGUUCUUGUCGAGUUCCAUUACACUUUAAAGUUGCUUAUUAGGUCACGGGACACUUCCCUUAAGGGAUCACUUGCGGAUUUCUAUUCUUGUCGAUUUGGACUGGUUGGGCCUUCUAUUACUCCCUUAAGGGAUCCUUUCCGAUUCUCUACACUCGUCGAAUUCAACUACAUUUCGAAGUCACUGUUUUGGUCACCCGACACGUCCCUUAAGGGAUCACUUGCGAAUUUUUAUUCAUGUCGAUUGCGACUGGGUGGGCCUUCUGACACUUCCCUUGAGUGAUCACUUAAGAAUUUCUAUUCUUGUCGUGUUCAACUUCACUUUGAAGUCACUGGUUAGGUCACCUGACACUUCCCUUAAGUGACCCCUUCCAAAUAUUUAUUCCUGUUAAGACUUUCUCUGACCGAUUGGAGCUGGGAACAAUAAAAAAAAGUUUUCGACUUGUUUCUGGACUAAAAAAAGGAUACUCCCCUUAAGAGAUCACCUUGAAACGUUCCCAUGCGCAGAUACACUUUUCUAGGCUCUCUCGCUCUGGUCGAAUUCAUUUCUCUCCCCUUAAGGGAUCACUUGCGGAUUUCUAUUCUUGUCGAGUUUGACUGGUUUUGCCUUCUGUUACUUCCUUAAGUGAUCACUUGCGAAUUUCUAUUUUUUGUGAUGUUCCGUGAAGAUUGGACCUGUAAACGUUAGAAAACUGUAAUUUCCUCUUCUUCAGGGAUCACUUGAGACUUGGUUUUAGACUUCCUGCUCUACUAAUAUUCAUGAGGUUUCACUUAAGAGGUCACUUCAAAUUUGCUUGAAUCUCUUCUAAACCCCACACUCUCUUGCCUUCACUUCGAAGUUACUGGUUAGGUCGCCUGACACUCCCCUUAAGGGAUCACUUGCGUCCCAUGGCUGUCAGAGUCUCUCCUGAACAAAAAACACUAAAGUAACCAUUCCAAAGUCCCCCUAAAGAGGUCACUUAUCGGGUCACUCUCCUGAAUGGCUUGUCUGGUUGGAUAAUUCCCAUGGCUGUCAGAAUGUCUCUUGAACGAAAACCCUCAAGUAAUCCCUUCGAAAGCGCCCUAAAGUGGUCACUCUCCUGAAUGACUUGUCCCCUCAAGUAACCCCUCCAAACCCUCCCUUAAGAGGUCACUUACCGAGUCACUCUCCUGAAUGACUUGUCUGGAGAUGCGAAAUUUUGUUACAAUGGCACUGAUGGCCAGUUGUUCGACGGGGCCGCCACUCCGUCCAGCUGUCAAUCUUUUCCGAGACUCCGCCCGCCGCUGGCGAUAAUCAAUCGAUAAUCAGCCACUGAUUUGACCUAUUUUAUCAGUCUUCCCAGGCCUCUUUUACCUGUCGGAAAGGGUUUCGGCCACUUUUUGGAGUUUGAUUUCUUCUGAAGAACUUAUUUUUGACUUCAGAUUAUUGAAAAGUCCUAAAAAGCAUGUUAAAAAUCGAUAAUCAGCCGCUGAUUCGACCCAUUUUUUCGGGAUUUCUUGUCUUUUUUGUCUUCCCAGAUCUCUUAUAGCGUUCAGAAAAGCUUUUGGCUACUUUUAGAAGUUUUAUUUCUUUUGAAGAACUCAUUUUUGACAUCAAAUUAUUGAAAAAUUCUAUAAGAACUCUUAAAAAGUCUGUUAAAAAGUCGAUAAUCAGCUGAUUUCAACUGUCUUUGGGAUUAUUAGUCUUUUCAAACCUUUUCAACCGUUUAGAAACGUUUCGGGCCACUUUUUGAAGUUUAAUUUCUUCUGUAGAACUCAUUUUUUUUGAAGUCAGGUUAUUGAAAAAGUUCUUUUAAAAAGUCCUAAAAAGCAUGUUAUCAAUCGAUAAUCCGCUUAUUUAACCUAUUUCUUCAGGAUUUCUUGUUUUUUCAGGCCUUUUUAACCGUUCAGAAACGUUUUUAGUCACUUUUUGAAGUUUAAUUUCUUCUGAAGAACUCAUUUUUGACAUCAGAUUAACGAAAAGUUUCAUGACAAUUUCUAAAAAAAUGAUUUUUAUCAAUCGAUAAUUAGCCGCUGAUUUGACCUUAUUCAUCAGGAUUUCUGGUCUUAUUCUGGUUUUCCAACCUCUUUUAUCAUUCAGGAAAGUUUUUGAGCACCUUUUGAAGUUUCAUUUUUUCUGAAAAUCUAUUUUUAAAGUCAGAUUAUCGAAAAAUUCUCUAAAAACUCCCAAAAAGCAUGUUAAAAGUCGAUAAUCAUCCGCUUAUUUGACCUAUUUCACCAGGAUUUCUUGUCUUAUUCUGUUUUUGCAACCUCUUUUAUCAUUUAGGAAAGUUUUUGAGCCCUUUUUGAAGCUGUAUUUUGCUCAAGAAUACAUUUUAAAAAUAAAAUAAUGAACAAUUUUUGUAAGGAACUCCUGACACGGAUGUUACCAAUCGGUAAUCAGCCGCUGAUUUGACCUAUUUUAUCAGGAUUUCUUGCUUCCCAGAUCUCUUUUACCGUUCGGAAAGGCUACUUUUUUGUUAAAUGAGAAGUUUUGGCUAGUAUUAUAUAUUUUUUUGCGGAAAUUGAGUGAUAAGCUGCUGAUUAGACCUAUUUUAAAAUACUUUUGUCUUUUCUUGUCGGUUUUUUAGACCUUUUUGACGUUGAAAAUCCACUUUUUUCUUCUUUUUUUUUUUCAAAAUUCAUUUUUUUCAGAAGUGAAUAAUGAAAGUGUACUUGAUUCGACUUAUUUUACCAUCGAUAUUUUGAAUUUUUGGCUUUUUUCAGACUUUUCAACAGUUCAGACAGAUUUUGAUCAAUUUUUAUGUUGAAUUUCCUUUUUUUUAAUUUCAAAAUUUGUAGGCCAGAUGUGCAGUAGAUGGAAUGGAUGAAAAUAUCAUCCAAUAUUAUAUCGGAAAUGUUUGUCAUUUUGCUUCUCCCAACGCUUUGUUUUCCGUCCAAACGCCUUUUUUGAAGUAACAUUGUUUCAGAAUUCCUGUACUUUUGAGACCAGUUUUCACACUUUUACUCAUCUUUACGGUCUAAAUAUUGCUUCAUUUCAUCUUCAAGCUUAAAAUGCUUAUCUAAAACCUCAUUCGAGUGAUAAGAUCAGUUGACAAGCGCCCAACUCACCUAAUUCGACCCCAUUGGACAAUAUUUUUCCCUUUUUUCAUCCUUUUUAUUCAAUUGUAUUCUUUAUUCGCGGUCUUUAUCGUCAUUCUCAUAUUCGUGAAGAUCAAAACCCUAUCUUUCAGCAAAAAAAUACGGUAGCUUGACCGAUUUCGGCACUCACGGCGCGGUGCGUUCACACCAAAAACGCCGAACCUCACGCGCAACUUGGCGCUGCUUAUUUUUCGACCGAAGUUUCGAUAUUUAAAUCACUCGCUUGAUCAUGAGCUCCGGCUCAGUCGAUACCAAGUCCGCGGCUGUGAGUACCGUAGCUUUUAGCGAUGGAGCAUGCUUUCUUCUUCUAGUUUUAGUCUCGGCAUGAUUUUUUCUUUAGAAAAAAAGAAGAUUUAACAGUUGUCGUGUUGUGACUCUUUAACUUUCUAUUUUCCGCUUCGUUCAGUAUUUUCCUCUCAUUUUUCUUGUUACAAUCUGGUUUUGUAGUUUGAACUAUUUUGAGUUUCGUUGCUUGCGAGCGGUCGCGUCGCGGUUUUAUCCCUUUUUUCAACAAAAGUUCUCUUGAUUUUUAAAUUGAGUCAUAGUUUCCAGUACAAGAUUCUUCAUAGAAACACCUGCAAUUUUUUUUUUUUGAUUAUUAUACGAGGAAAACUCCAGUGAUCACUAAAGCGGUCUCUCAAGGGCUACUUGGAGUGGACACUGAAGGGAUCACCCCUAUAAAAGCCACUUUUUGCGUCUUAGUGGCCACUGUAGUAGUUUUUAGAGUCUAGUAGGACUACAUAGACUUUUAAAGAAAAAAACAUUUUUGAGUCACUUAAGUGGCCACGAACUCGACCACUAUAGUGGCAACUAAAACCUCGAAACCCUCAAGUGGCCACUAAAAUCUUUUUCAAAAAACUUUUUGGUUGGAAAAUAGGUUUUUCUUGAACUUCUCGACAAACUCAAACAGAAAAAUUGUGAGAAAAUCUAUUUACUUUCACCGUUUCGUGUGUUCCAAGAGGACUUUUGUAGCCUGUAGAUUUCAAGAAAAUUCUUAUUUUUCGAUGGGAAUUUCAAAAUUGAAGGCUGGGAAACUAGAUAUUUGAUUAAAAUAAAAAAUUUUUUUUUACUCACCAGGGAAUGGUCUCCGGUCGCAGUGGAAUCUCUCAAUGAGAACAAUUUUUCCAGAUGUAGUUUUUCACGCUGAUCUCAAAUCUGGUCUCAAAAACUGCCGAAGAGCUCUGUGAAAAAAGUUAUGGACCCUCAAAAGUCGAAAAUUUCAGUGUCUCCGAUUGAGCUCAUUUUUGGAGGGUAUAUAGACCUUGUCCCUCUGGUCAAGAAAAACCAUUGAAGUUUUCACAAAAAAAUUUCGGAGCCCAGAUAUGAUCUUUCAAAGCCCCGCCUCACACAAGAGCUUGCGAGCGCGGUGUCCUAUUGCGAUCCGGCGACCGUCGAAGCAACGGCAGCAAGGAGCAGUGGUAAGGCGGCGGACUGGGGAUCACGAGGUCAUAGGUUCGGUGCCCACUCUGUGCAAACUUUUUUUGCAUUUUUUUCUAUUUUUCUAUGAUUUCGUUUAAGGGCUCCUAUUUUUGAGUUUUUGAGGCGUAUAAACAUGAAAAUUCUUCGUUUUAAGCCUAUUCGAACAUCUAGAAUUAUUUUUCGUCAAAAAAAUUUUUUUCAUCGAAUUUUUUUCGAGAUUUUUUUCAUGUAUGAGCAUGGGCUGGAGUGAGAAAAAUUUUUCAGAAAAAAAUUUUUUUGUUUUUUCAUUUUUUUGUUCCUAAAAAGAUUUAUAAGUUUAAUUAGUCAUAGAUACGCCGACAUAUCCCACAGAAAAAUUUUUUUCCUGGCUUUUUUAGACCUCACCGUUCAACUACGACUUCCUAAGAAAAAAAAAUAAAUCCGCAUUUUUUCAAAUUUUUGCUGAAACUUCCAAAGAAAUCCCUUCUGAUUGAUACAUAACACAAUUGGGACCAAAAUCCCACAAAUAAUUCGUUCUAAUGGAACUUGUGAAAGUUCACAGUCCAGUCAGACUUUUUUUCGAGAGAAAAUUUCGAGGAAAGAAAAGAAAUUUUUUUAUUCAACAAUAAAUUUUUGUUUUUUUGCGCACUCUCAUUUUUUUCUACUUCGGGAAAGUCGCGCAAAAACUUUUUUUCAGGCAUAAGGUGAGGAUCAUAGGUAAAUCACUGCAACUCUCAAAGAAGUUUUUUUGGAAGAAAAAAAAUUACUGUGGUUUUUUUUUGGUGUAUGAAUGAAUAAAUGGACUAAAAAACUUUAAAUAAAAUUAAAAAAAAGAAAAAGAACCAAAAAAAAUUUUUUGAAAAUUUUCCUCACUCGAGCCUAUACUCAUACACAUGGAAAAUAACGAAAAAUUACAUCAAGAAAUUUUUGACAAAAAAAGGCCCAGGUGUUUGAAUAGUUUAAAAACGGAGAACUUUCACAGUUUAACGCUUCAAAACUCGAAAAAGAGCACUUACGCAAAAAUUUUCCGAAACUUCCAUCCGUCGUAGUUGAACGGUGAGGUCUAAAAAAGCCAGGAAAAAAAUUUUUCUGUGGGAUAUGUCGGCGUAUCUAUGACUAAUUAAACUUAUAAAUCUUUUAGGAACAAAAAAAUGAAAAAAAAAAACAAAAAAAUUUUUCUGAAAAUUUUCUCACUCCAGCCCAUGCUCAUACAUGAAAAAUCUCGAAAAAUUCGAUGAAAAAAAUUUUUGACGAAAAUAAUUCUAGAUGUUCGAAUAGGCUAAAAACGAAGAUUUUUCAUGUUUAUACGCCUCAAAACUCAAAAUAGGAGCCCUUAAACGAAAUCAUAGAAAAUAGAAAAAAAUGCAAAAAAAAGUUUGCACAGAGUGGGCACCGAACCUAUGACCUCGUGAUCCCCAGUCCGCCGCCUUACCACUGCUCCUUGCUGCCGUUGCUUCGACGGUCGCCGGAUCGCAAUAGGACACCGCGCUCGCAAGCUCUUGUGUGA